CACCUUAUCCACUAGACCACUACCUCCCUAGGCAGCAGAGGAUGGUACGACCAUGUGGCGACUCAACAAGGUGCUGUACACUCACAACAACGUAGCGCUCGGGGUGAGGGACAUGUCGCUCGGCAAACACGUCCUCUUCACAACUUACGUCGGCCUACUCUCCGUCCUUCAUUCACACUUCCUUCAGACGAAGAGCUGCUCCCUCUACAUGACAGACGACAGCUACUACGGGUCCAAAAGCCUUACUCUUGCAUUCCCAAAGGGGUCCCAACUCCGUCAAAAAGUGGACCCUGUGCUCACAAGACUACGUGAGUUUGGGAUUCUGGGUCGAGCGUUCAUGAAAUUCGUAGCGCACUCCAAGACUUGCCUCAACUCUGAUCCCGGCAGCGUGGACAGCGCCCUCAGACCACUGCAGAUGGGCGAUAUGUACGGCGUGUGUCUCGUCUACGUUAGUGGAGUAGCUUUAGCGGCUGCAACUCUACUGGUGGAGGUUCUGAUCGUCUUAAGGCAGAAAGGCAGCAAGUGGUCGGUAAGAGGGAGUGAUACAAGUCAUCUUGAUCAACAGUAAUGCCUCUCGUCAUGCAAAUGUUGACUGUAAACUACGUGUUAUUAUACUCUCCUAUGUACACAUUGUCAUGAAUUAAUGUAUAAACAUACAAAAUAAAGCAAAUAUGUUUUAUAUAAAUUACAAGACUUGGUAAUACAUUGUAGUUGUUUAACUAUCAUACACACACAACGAGGGAUGUAAGAAAAUGACAGACACACCGAAUAUAAUGAUAAUAAAUACUGUACUGUACAUGGUUGACUUGAGAUUCAAUACCAUCUGGACUAGAAGAAGAAACUCAUUAAAGGUAAUACAGUAAGGCCAGGUAAUGCGGCCAGGUGUGUACUUUGGAUUGCUUUGCUCUGAAUCCUGUCUAGUAGAGCCAGAGCGACAGCUGUUUCGAACGAGAGUGGAGGUCUAGCAGGAUGAAGAGGAGCAGUUAAGGGGAACAGUCUUGCGAGUUUCCGCAUUCGCUUCACCUGCAUUGAUUAGGAAGGUUGUAGACAGGGAAAGGAACUUGGCUACUUUAUUCUCUAUGCCAAAACCUGCCAUGGAUUGCUUUACCUUCGCGUCACCUGUGCUUCUCAAUCUCAAGAAGUGCCUAAAACCAACACGUUAAGAGAUUGUCAGGAUGAAUAUCUUCAUAUCAAGAGGAACCAAUAAACACAGUGGAAGAGAGUGCUGGACUUUCCGGUACCUUAUGACCACGUGACUAUACAUAGCUACAUUGUAAAUGUAAAGACUUGAGUGUGCUUUGAUAAUAUGUUGGCGCAGUGACGCACGACACCAAGCUGGUUGGAUAGCACCACGUCAGUCCCUGCAUUUUGAAACACUUUGUUCUCUCAUCAGGAUUGCCUUCAGAUACCAAAGAGAUGAUCAACUGAUUCUGGUGGGUGUUUUUUCAAUUAUAUAUAUAUAUAUAUAUAUAUAUAUAUA